GGCCUUGCGACAGCACGGGAAAGCGCCAGUUUGUGGAGGAGUAUCGAAGCCCGAUGCUCGUCCACCCCUACGCCUUGACAUUCAUCGGUGACACACUCUAUGCGUCCACACAAGACUCUGGCACUGUCAUGUCCUUCGACAUUGGAGCCGCGGACAAGCUCUCUUCGGGAGAUCGCAUCCAUUUCAACUUGCACGGGGAUUUUAGAUAUCGCCCCGGGAUCACCUAUCGAGGCAUUGCGAGCUACAAGGAGUGCUUGUACCUCAGCGUCACGGAGAUGGACGUCGUCGCGGUGAUCUGCAACAACUUGACGCACGUCUCGCACAGGAUCCCGGUCCGACAUCCCAUCGGCUUGCUUGUGGAUGAAGAGCAUCAGCGACUUUACAUCGCAUCGCCCACAAAGCAGAAGCAGAAGCCUGGCGAGAUCGCUGUGUGGGACCUCGAGUCGCGCCGCUUCCGUCACAGCCUGACUCACGACGGGAUGAAGCAUCCAACGAACAUG